AUGAAAAGAAAGACUGUUUCUUUAAAGUCAAAAAAAGAGUUUGCUGCCUCAGAAAUCGAUGCUUGUAACUCAUGGCAAGUCCCAGACUUUUCAAUCAAGGACAUCCGUAAUGCCAUACCAGCCCAUUGCUUUGAACGAAGCACCUUACGUUCCUUUGGCUACCUUUUCCAGGACUUGUUGUUUAUUGGAUUGGCAGGCUACUCUGCUAGUUGGAUCGACCAAACGACAUCUUCUAGUAGUCCUGUUCGUUUUCUGGCCUGGUCUACUUACUGGAUCGUCCAAAGUUUCUUUGGUGCCGGGUUGUGGGUUCUCGGUCAUGAAUGUGGACAUUAUGCAUUCAGUUCCUCAAAAUUUAUUAGUGACGCUGUGGGUAUGAUGAUUCACAGUAGCUUACUGGUACCCUACUUUUCUUGGAAAUACUCUCAUUCUCAGCACCACAAGUCAGUCGGGCACUUGACAAAAGAUAGAGCUCAUCCUCCACCUCUCCGUUCUGAACUCGGUCUGGCUGCACAAACACACAAACACAAGCAAGAUAACUAUACCAAUACCGAUACCGAUACCGAUACUGAUACCGACAAUGGUACUCAUAUUACUGGACCACACAGCCAUUUUGAGGAUUCGCCUAUUUAUAUACUACUCGGCCUGAUCACCUAUAUUUCUACUGGAACGAUAUACUAUCUCCUCUUCGACGUUCCUUGUGAGAUGAACAAAAACAAGUGGGUCUCGCACUUUAAUCCAAACUGCUACAUUUUUACCAAAGACCAGUACUGGAAAGUGCAUCAGUCGACUGCGGCAGUUGCGGCCGUGAUAGCUAGCUUGUUCUAUGCCGGAAAAGUGCUUGGAUGGCUUGUGGUGCUCAAGUACUAUGUCGUGCCUUACCUGUUGAUCAAUUGCUGGGUCAUUCUGGUCACCUAUCUACAGCACACCAGUCAAAACGUGCCUCGAUACGACUCGAGUGUCUGGAAUUUCCAGAGAGGUGCUGCUCUAACAAUCGACCGCUCGUAUGGGCCAAUUCUGGACUACAUAUUUCAUCAUGUGGCCGAUGCUCACGUUGUCCACCAUUACAUAUCUACCAUACCUCAUUAUCAUUGUGUAGAGGCCACCAAACACAUCAAGGCAGUGCUGGGAGAACACUACAUGUCAGACAAUACUCCAAUUCCAAAGGCAUUGAUUGAUACUUGGAUCAAAUGCCGAUUUGUCGAAGAUAAAGGUGGUGUUCGUUUUUACAAGAACCAUUAA